AAAACGUACUGUUUACGCGCUUUCUGUAAUCGUGUCACAGUUAUAUAAUUAUUCGAAGCAAUUCACGCGAUUACAACGAAUCGAGGAAAAGGUUGAAUAAAUUCUUUUAAACUACUUCUUUGAUCUCUGAUUCCGCGUAAUAUUUUGAUUUAUCUUGCUGAACUGUUAGAAAAUCGUGCAAAUAAUGAACAGUGAAGAAGAAUGUCUUAAUAGCCGAUGAUGUUUAAAGUGCAAACUAUGUAACUAAAUCCGUUCACUCUACGAAUUUGUGAAGACCCGCAUAUGGCUUGCAAGAAAGCGAUAUGAGAGCAGACACGGAGUUCAUCGAAACGCCGAGGGCGAAACGGCAAUCGAUCUUCGAGAGUUCAAGCACCGCAGAAAGCACCACCACGCCUAAGGACUCGACCACCGCCUCUGCACCGAGCACAACUCCCGCGAACACCACCCCGAAAAAACCCAAUCUUCCGAGCAAGCCGAAACCGCCGAGCCCGAACCGUCCCGGAACGAGUCCGCCAGCAUCUAAACCGAGUUCACCCGCGCCUAAACCGCACACCCCAGCACCAAAACCGAGUCCGCCACCAUAUAAACCGAAUCCAACAACCCGGGUCAUACCGAGUCGCCUCGCCGCCAAUCCUGCUACUUUGCAAACAGAUCCCACGACACCCGAACCCGGCACCUCGCCGGCCAAAGCCACCACCACGCCGAAACAGUCGGACACCGAGGAACCAGAUGACCCGCAGUCAACGACCCCGAAAGUCGGGCUCGGUUCUCGUAUCGAUUCGGAGGACCCCGACCAGGAGUCUGUCGAGGAGCCUUUAGAAGUGAAGAAGCCUAAAGGCAAGCCUCAGAGCAAGCCAGUUGCGAGUCCUGCGACGAAUCCUGCGACGAAUCCUGCGACGAAUCCUGCGCCUUCGGUCGUAGAUUCCGGCCAUCCUCAGAACAGUUACGUCCCACAGUUCGCCUUCCCGAACUUCUCUCCGGACUUCUCGUCACCUUAUAACCCUUACGGUGAUCCUACUUUCAACUCUAUCCCAGGUCCUAACAAUUACGCCUGGACCGGAACCAGCCACGGACAAGGAGCGGCCGGGUCUUUCGCUUCAGCUGGAGCUUCUUCCUUCGGAGGCGGCGCAGGCUACGGACAAGCACCCAAGCAACCGUCGUUGGCCGAUCGUGGAGCUUUCGUCGACAAUAUGCCUAACACCGGCAAUAUGCCUAACUACGGCUAUAUGCCGAACUCGGACUGGCCGAAUGCUGGCUACGCACCGAACAUGGGUAGCGCUGGGGGAUUUGGUUACAGUGGAGUAGGCACAGGCGCAGGCUUCCCAUUCCAGGAUCCCAGCGUUUUUGUGUUCCCCGGCUAUAAUCCGGAAGCUUUCCAUAGGCAAAUGGAGGAACAGUUCAAGCAGCUACAAAAUCAGUUCCAGAAACAACAACAGUCAUUGUUUGAGACUGCCAAUCGCAUAGGCACAGACGGCUAUUCAGGUGGAAUACCUGGUGCUCAUACUGCUGUUUCUAGCAUUGGUCUGGGACCACACGGUGGCUAUCAAGCUGGUGCUAUCAAUCCGGUUGCGCCGGGAGUGCAAUCCAGAUUCGGUGAAGAAAUUCCCGCACCUUCUGGAGGCAGUUUCGGAGUAUUCUCCAGCUCGAGUUCGAAAACGGUGAUCGGCCCGGACGGUAAACCGAUUUCCCACAAAACGUCGACGACUGGCGUGAACGACAAUGGGAAAAUUACUUUCCGCACCGUCGAAGAUUAAAUCCUUCGCCAUCGAUCGGAGGUGUAACACUAAUAACCGUUUUUUGCCCGACCGCUGCAUGUUGCGAUAACACAAGCAACAUCCUUUGGUCUUCUUUAUUCUCUCCGAAUCGAGAGAUUGUAACCGUUGUAACUCAGGGUCCUAUACAAUACUUUAAUUACUUGUCAAAUAUACUUGCAUUAAUGCCAUAGAAAUACUCAUCUAUUUAAGUGCAACUCGAACCGUGGAGCGCCUAAUAUCGUAUGUAAUUAUUUGAUAGCAACAAGGGAUUAUUUAACACCUUAAACAAAGAGACCACUAGGUAAUUUCAUGUUACGAGACGAUUACUAUGCAGCGUACGAUAAUUCUCGAUGAAAUUAAAGAGGAUUGGUGUUAUAACGAAAGACCAGGACUUUGGAAUGUAAUUAAAAUACAGUUCACUCUGGAACAACUUUAAAAUUUUAUAUACGAAACGUUGUCGACAAUAAAAAUUGAUUAUCCAAUCGAUAUUAAUUAUCUGGUUGUUAAAAAGAACAGAGACAUCGUAUUUAAUUAUUCAUAAAACUUUGUCUCGUACGGCAAUUUCUACGUCGACGUGACUAUGCUAAUUAAUUAUUUAAUGUAGGGUAAUCAUCAUGUAACACGUUUAAUUUUAUUUAAAUUAUUUACAAAUUCGUUCUCACAAAUAUAUCUAUUGUUUAACA